CCAUCCUGUCCUCGAGCUCACCGCCAUGGUCGAAAUCACAAUUCGGAAGCGACCCAGAGAAGACGCAGUCGUGACCCAGCGCAAGUUCUUCAAGAAAACCGCGAGAGGGAAAGUCAUCAAAGUCAUCCGCGAGCGGUACUUGAGAGACGAUGUUGUAUGCGGUAUACAAGGAUGCAGGGAGUGCUCCAACCCAGAAGAGGGCUCCAUACCUCGAAACGGCGCGACCGAUCACAAGCAAUUCCCUAAUGGCCAUUUCAUCCUUCCGGACACGAACGUCUUCUUAGCUCAGAUGGACCUCAUGGAAUCGACUCUCUUUACCUCCCCUAUCAUCCUUCUCCAAACCGUCCUGGAAGAAGUCAGGCAUCGCUCCCUUCCGCUUUACAAUCGUCUCAAGGCCUUGACAAAGAUGGACGAGAAGCGUACUUGGGUGUUCUACAAUGAAUUCAGAUCCGAGACUGCCGUUGUGCGUGAAGAAGGAGAAACUCCAAAUGACAGGAAUGACCGAGGUAUCCGGAAAGGCGCUGCUUGGUACAAUACUCAUCUUUCCCUCACUCGCCCCCCAGUCCGAGGUCAAGAAAAUGUCCCCCUUCCUCCUGUCGUUCUCUUGACAGACGACGUCGCCAAUCGCCAAAAGGCCGAGAAAGAUGGCAUCCCGUGCCUCUCAGUGCGUGCCUAUGUUGAUGGCAUGCCAAAUUCUGGCCAGUUGCUCGAUUUGUUGUCUGCGACGGGUUCGGACGAACUGGAGCCUACUGCAGCAGCAGCUGCUGGUAGAGGUGCUCUUUAUCCUGAGUAUCUCCCUCCUUCUACCCUGACGGCAGGUGUAAAAGCCGGUGAACUACACCAGGGAUUCUUCAAUGCUAACCAGUACAAUUACUUGGAGGGUAGCGUCAACGUACCUGCAUUCUCCAAGCCGGUAUUGCUGGUAGGACGGGAAAACAUGAACCGUUCCGUACAAGGCGACGUCGUAGUGGUCGAGGUUUUCGACGAAAAAGAGUGGAAAGCUCCUGCGGAUGAAGUCGUAGACCAAGAAAUUACCUUGAAGAACGACGACGUAGAGGAUUCGGAAGAUGAGGGUGAAGGUGAAGAUGCCGAGGCUAUUUUGCGCGAGCGGAGAGCUCUGCAGUCUGAAGAGUCUGCAAGGCGGUCUGCGGAGAAACAACCUACUGGACGAGUGGUUGGUGUCAUUAAGCGCAAUUGGCGAGCAUAUGUGUGCCACAUCGAUUCUACGUCGUUAACAUCUAUCAAUUCUACCUCACUAUCCCAACAAACUGUUUUCGCAACUCCAGUUUCUCGUCUCUUACCCCGCAUUCGCAUGCGCACCCGCCAGGCUCCCUCCCUCUUGAAUCAGAAGAUUCUCGUCACCAUAGACAAGUGGGAUCGCACUUCACGGUAUCCCGAAGGCCACUUUGUGCGUGCUCUAGGUAAGGUUGAAAGCAAAGAGGCUGAGCAGGAAAGUCUUUUGCUGGAGUUCGAUGUGCCGUACAGACCAUUCGGGAGGGCAAUAUUGGACUGUUUACCGAGUGAAGGUGAGAACUGGGUAGUGCCGCCAAAGAGUGAGGGGAAUGCGAUCUGGAGGGAUAGGGAGGAUCUGAGGGAUAUGGUCAUUUGUAGCAUUGACCCACCUGGAUGCCAGGAUAUUGACGAUGCUUUACAUGCGAGAAGAUUGCCCAAUGGAAACAUUGAGGCUGGAGUCCAUAUUGCCGAUGUCUCCCAUUUUGUACUCCCGGAUAAUCCUAUGGAUAGCGAAGCUGCCUCUCGGGGGACGACCGUUUACCUGGUUGAUAAACGGAUAGACAUGUUACCAGCCUUGCUGGGCACCAAUCUCUGCUCUCUUCGGCCAUUUGUUGAACGGCUAGCCUUCUCAUGCAUCUGGGAAAUGACGGAGGACGCGAAGAUCGUCAAUGUUCGGUUUACGAAGUCUGUCAUCGCUUCCAAGUCUGCGUUCACGUACGAGGAGGCACAGAUUCGGAAGGAUGACCCCAACUUGCACGACGAGAUUACUGAAGGUAUCCGGCUACUCAACACCCUCGCCCUCAAACUCAAAGCUGGUCGUAUGGCCGCCGGAGCUCUCAACCUCGCCUCCCCCGAAGUCAAAAUCCACCUCGACACCGCCGAAUCCUCCGACCCGAUCGAUGUCGAACAAAAAGAGCUCCGCGAGACAAACAGCCUCGUUGAAGAGUUCAUGCUGCUCGCGAACAUCAGCGUUGCGAAGAAGAUACAAGAGACGUUCCCGCAGACGGCGGUACUGAGGAGACAUUUGCCGCCUCCGAAGACGAACUUCGAGAAGUUGCAGGAUAUAUUGAGGAAGAGAAAAGGUUUGACGCUGGAUGUGUCGAGUUCGGGGGCGUUGGCAGAUAGUCUAGAUAAGUGCCUGGACCCGAGUGAGCCAGCAUUCAACACCCUUGUCCGAAUCAUGGCUACUCGUUGCAUGUUAUCUGCGGAGUACUUCUGCUCAGGAAGUGUGUCGCGAGAUACAUUUGGCCAUUAUGGUUUGGCCACACCAAUCUACACCCACUUCACCAGUCCCAUUCGUCGUUAUGCCGACGUUCUUGCUCACCGUCAACUCUCAGCUGCCAUCAACUACACCCCUCUUCACGCCACACUACACUCUAAAGCCCACGUCGAGCGUGUCAUGGACGUGAUCAAUCGAAGGCACAGGAUGGCCCAGAUGGCCGGGCGAGCCAGCGUCGAGUUUUAUGUUGGCUUAGCCUUGAAAGGCAGAGGCGAGAAGGCAAGGGAUGCAGGCGCGGAGAAAGUCACAGAGGAGGCCUUUGUUAUACGAACGUUUAGGAAUGGACUUGGAGUUUUUGUGUCGAAGCUGGGCAUCGAAGGUUUGGUGAUGUUCAAGCGCGAGACACAAUUCGAUGCGGAUAACUACACCAUAACUGUUCCUUCGUCAGAGGCUGGAGGCAAGGAUGUCGAGAUUGCGGUGUUCGACAAGGUGACUGUGGCGAUUGAGGUAGAAAAGGAUAAGAACACGCAGAGAGGGAGGGUAAAAAUGACUCUAGUCACUCCUGUAGACUCUAGUGCGUUGUAGUAGUACAUCUCCGUGCAGAAUUCCUCCAUCUUUCGGCAGUAAGUGGAGCAGAUCC